AAAAUCCGUUCAUUAGUAGCAAAUUAAUUGCAUUGUUGGAUUGAAAAAACAAAAUCUUAAUACCUUUGGAAUUACUUUUAAUGAUGGAAAGAGCGAUAAAUGUCAAUUGAAGAGCUCUCAACCGAGCAUUCAGCUGUUAUCCAGUUAUAUUGACUUGUGUAAAGAUAUUUAACAAUCACGAUGUAUUAUCAAUGAAUGGCAAAAAUAUCUAAAUCAAAAAUAUGAGCUUUAAUGGUAAUUAUGGCUCUAAUUGACCUUUUAUUGAAGAGGUUAAAUGGUUAUCCAAAACAUCAACUACAAGUGAUGAAUUUUGUCAUCAUUUAAACUACCAGGAUCCGCUAAUUUGGUCAACAUUCGUUGGUACGACAAAUAGAUGUCAACAAUAGAUGACUUGUUAUUCACUGUUAAUCUUGUAACAUUUUAAUAUCGUCUUCCGUUAUUCCCCUUCAAUUGAUCCUCGCCUUAAAUCUUGACUUUAUCCUUUUAUCACUUUUGAUUGAACAAAAAUUUAAUCCUUGAAAUUGUGCUCCAGUUAAUCUUCCAGAUUACAGAAUGUACUUGAAAGCAGUUGACUUAAUAGGACAAAAUUAGUUUAAUAUAAAAAUUAGUCAAAAAUCCUUUUCAACUCACAAAACUAAAAUGAAAUUUUUUCCAAAUUUUUGCUACUUAACUCAACAUUGCCAUGCUUCAUCACCGAUGUUAGAUACAAUUGAAUUUUAUUCGAGUAAAACUGAUGGCCGGGUAUUUUUCAUUCGCAAUCCUUACUUCGAAAAAACCAGAGGUAGACCCCGAAAGCCACCAAAGCCUGGGAUUGGUAAAUCAAGCCUUGAUAGUCCUGCAAAUAAUGGACGAAAAGCAAAUGGAUCCUUGUGCAAAUCUUCAAAUGUUUCACCUGUUUCAGAGUCAUCGUUCUUGCCUUCCAAAUAUGAUGUUUGGAAUAAUAUAAAGAAUUCAUUCAACCAAUUCCGUAAAUUGGGUCCAGUACCUAAAAAGGAACCAGCUAUACCCAGUCUAGUAAUCUCCAAGAAAGAGCCGGUAUCAGUUUUUGAUCAACAUCCAUUCCGUCCUUUACCUGGUUCAUCAAAUCAAGUACAAUUAAUGGUUAACCCGUUUGCCAGUAGAAAUAAGAUUAAAGCCCCAGCUGACGAGUUAACCAAAAUGUUCUAUGAAAUGAUCGACAUAGCUUCAGAGGAAUCGGAUCAACCUAACCAUUCACCAUUCCUAGAAUAUCCCAUGACACCAGAAUCACCGAUAUCCCCGAUAUCCCCGAUAUCAACUACAUCACUGCCCACUGAAAGUACACCGGCCAAAGCUAUAACUGAUAUCGUAGAGUACCCAGAAAGUACCGAAUAUACUCACAUUAACCCAACAAUAUGUGAAAGUAACAUUUUAGACGAUAUUUUAUACAUGGAUUUCAAUGAAUAUGAAUUUGACAAGAUGAUUUCAAGUUUACCAGAUGUUAUGGAUACUGCUGUUUGUGACUAAUUAAUAUCGACUCAGACUAAUGACGGAAAAAACAUUUCAUUUGUAAUUGGUGCCUUUCAUCCAUUCAACAUCGUUUUUGCAAAAAAAUUGUACUUAUUAAUUGUAACUUUUGCUUAGUAAAAUACUCGUUACUUAUAUUAUAUUAUAAUAGUUUCUAAAUUUGAUCUCAUUUUUGUAUUCCUUUUCUCUUCUAUUCAACCCAGUGGUUAUAAACAUACCUCGUGUAUCUAUUAACUGUUGUAUGAGUUGAACCUCAACAAAUAUACUUUAUUAGUGGCCAACAUUUAAAACAUCGAAGUAAAAAAAUGCCCAACUGAACAUUUUACAGACAUUGUUAACACAUUUUGGAUGAUAAACAUUGUUUUCAUUUUCUAUUUUCAAGUGAUAUUAAUCUUCUUGGUAAUUAAAGAUGACGUCUUUCAAAGGAACCAAAAUAGAAUGUAAAAUUUGUUCAGACGAUGCCAUCGGAAGAUACUUUGGUACCUAUCUAUGUGGAUCAUGUAAAGCAUUUUUCCGACGAAAUGCAAGUAAAAGUGAGAAAUUCCUCUGCCCUUUUACGGAGAGAUGUGAAAUAAAUAAAAUGACUCGAAGACAUUGCCGAAAAUGUCGAUUAGAAAAAUGUUUCCGAGCUGGAAUGAAAAAGGAGUGGAUCCAUUCAGAAGAUAAAGUAACCGAAAACAUUGAUUUCAUUGAUAUUAAUCAAUUUAAAACUGAACCAAAGUCUGUUCCGAGUACUUCUGGUCCUUUUAAAGAUGGGGAAAGUCCGGCAAGUGAUUCACAGGAGGAGGCAGAAGAAGGAAAAUCAAAUAUAACCCUGGUCUUGAACAAUUUGUUGGAUGAAGCUGCAUUGCAUGAUUUAUUGGAAGAAGAAUGUGAAGAAGCUUUAGAUAAGGAAUGUAAAGAAUUGACCGAAGAAGCUGUUCCUUUACAAAACUCAGGCUUCCAAUGUUACAGAUUUGGUGAUAAUCGAUGGGAUGGUCGAGAAGAUCCUUGUGAUUUUCAUCAAACACAUCAAGAGUAUCUUACAUCAACAACUUAUAUAACAAAUUGCGGUAAUUUAGUUUGUAUUGGAGCUCCUUUCAAGUCAACUUUUGGUGAAAACACAUGGCAAUGGAAAAUAUACCAACGAAUGCUUGGCGCUAACUUCACAGCAAUCAGUUUUAGAAGCGAGUUCAUCUCUCGACGAGUUGCUCUCAAUCACCUAGAAGCGGAAAAAAUUGAUGAACUCUGUCCUUUCUCGAUGAAAUUAUGCAAAAAUUCUCCAUUCGACUUUCCAUCAGAUAUCGAUGUUCCAGGUUUCUUUAAAAUAUUAGAAAUCUUUUUGAAUCGACUGAUACCUUCAUUAAGCACAAUUUCAACAUUUUCAUCGCUUUGCAUGGAGGAUAGAAUGAGUCUUAUCAAGAAAAGUUUUGGUCAUAUUCUGCUACUAAGAACUUCUGUUUUGGUUGAUAUCAAUACGGAAACUUUAACACUUCCUAAAACGAGUGUAACUCUGCAGUUGAGUAAAUUCCGAGACUUUGCAAAUUGUCCUUAUCAGCAGUAUAUGGAGUUCAUUAAAACUCUGAAACCAAACUGGAGAACGGAUUUCAAAGCUAAUUUAUUGUGUAUAGCCAUCAUACUUUUCAAUCCAGAAACACCAAACGUUUUUUAUCCAGAUAAUAUUAGGAUUCAUCAAUACAAUUAUAUAUACUUAUUGAGACGUUACCUCGAAUUCCGAAGUUAUUUAGUUUGUGCAGCCAGAACAGACUAUUUUGAUUUAAUGAUGAAGAUCGGAGAACUGCAAGAGACUAUAAAAAUCAACGAGUUUAUCCAUGAUUUAGCAUUAGCCAACAGAGAUCUAGUUGGUCCAUUGCUAGGUGAAAUCCUGGACAUUUGUUGAAUGUCACUAUCGAUGGACCAGCGUUGAAAUCAUUAAAACCAGCUCAACAUAAGCAUUGCAGAUCAGUUUACAUCGAAUAACGUCAUAAAACAAUGAAAAAAAUUGAAUGCAAAUUUAUUUGAUUUGUAAUAAUUUCGACUGGGAUUUAGUGACCAUAGAAAAGUCAUGUCAUAUUGAUGAAUGCAAAAAACGAGAUGUAAAAAUGGACUGACUUUGUAAAUUAAAAUUGACAAUAAAUGCUUUUUUUUUGUU